GGGAUGGUGAGUGAGAACAGGGAGCCGACAUCUCAGCAGGAAGAGGCUGAGAGAGUGAAAGCACAUAGGGGAUUAUCGCAAAGAUCUAAAAGGAAUGCGUCCAUGUGUCAUGAGCUGGGAAAAGCCUGUGAGGCUCAGCGCAGGCCAGGGACGCAGCAGGGCAACCAGUCAGGGGAGAAAGCUGGUGGAUCCAUUAAUUGUGAGGGAAUCCACAAGGACCUCAAGGAAUCCACAGCCCAGCAGAGAAUCCUCAUGGGAGAGAGAAAAAACACAUGCACUGAGCAUGGGGAAAACUUAAUUAAUCACUCAGUCCUUAUUACCCAUGAGAGAAUCCUCAUGAAAGAGAGACUCUAUGAAUGCUCUGAGUGCGGGAAAACUUUCACUCGGAGCUCACACCUUCUUAGACAUCAGAGAAACCAUACAGGAGAGAAGCCCUAUGAGUGCUGUGAAUGCGGGAAAAGUUUUAGUCAGAGUUCAGACCUUAUCAGACACCAGCGAAGUCACGUGGGAGAGAGACUGUACGAAUGCUGUGACUGCGGGAAAAGCUUUAUUUACUGCUCUGACCUCAUUAGACACCAGAGAAUCCACACAGGCCUGAGACCCUACAAAUGUGGUGAGUGUGGGAAAAACUUCGGUGGCCGCUCAGACCUUCUUACGCAUCAGAGAAUCCACACGGGAGAGAGACCCUAUGAAUGCUGUGAGUGCAGGAAAACCUUCACGCGGCAUUCACACCUUGUUAGGCAUCAGAGAAGCCACACAGGGGAGAAACCCUAUGAAUGCUGUGAGUGCGGGAAAAGCUUUGCUGACAGCUCAGCCCUUAUUAAUCAUCAGAGAAGCCACACAGGAGAGAGACCCUACGAGUGCUGUGAGUGUGGGAAAACCUUCAUUGACAGCUCAGCCUUUAGUAAACAUCAGAGGAUCCACAAAGAAGAGAGACCCUAUGAGUGCUGUGAGUGUGGGAAAAGCUUCACCGUGAGCUCAGCCCUGGUUAGACAUCAGAGGAUCCACACGGGAGAGAGACCUUAUAGAUGCUCCCAGUGUGGGAAAAACUUCCAUCAGAGGUCACACCUCAUUUAUCACCAGAGAAUCUGCAAGGGAGAUGAACAACAUACAGAUCUUUUCUAGGCAUGACAAAGGAGGUUUUUUUUGCUUGUAGGUCUGUGCGGGUAUUUGUACCAUUUGCUUUGCUGUGUUCCCUCAGCUUACUCACGUGAAUUGCCAGCUUUUGCCUUUGCAAUUCACCCUUCUUUGGAGUCUCUCCCGUGGUCCUUAUUAUCAACUCCUUUGUCCAAUGAGACUUGUGAGUAUGUGUCCUUUUUCAGUAUGGCUUUCUGGGAGCCACGUAAGGUAAAUGCCGAGGGACUGAGAUUGUUCCGGGGGGAGAAUGAGAAUGAGGGUUUUAGCCCCAGAUGUGCGCAA